CUCGCGACAUGCCUGAGCCUUUAGCUGACUCCCUGUGAAACGAAUAAAUAAAUUGGCUCUGUCAAGUGUCAUUUGUCAAAUUCGUUCAGUCGUUCAUUGCUUUCGAUUUUCGUAAAAAAUUUUACUUCGACUUUAAAAUCAUGCUUCGGUCCGUUUCCCGUGUGAUUUCUUGUCGAACGAUACUAAGCAGGAAUAACGCGCCUAUCCUCAGUCGUACCCUUACGGAUAAAAGUGAAGAUACUGUUAUCCACACAGGCCAAAAAUGGGAUGCUGAUGACUACAGAAUGGUCCGAUUUAUGAAUUCUCCAAAGCAAGUUAACCCUAACUGGGCUAUCAACUUAAUUGCAGAGGUACCACCAAAAGAAGUGACUGAGAGAGUAGUUUGGUGUGAUGGGGGAAGUGGCCCUGAGGGACAUCCUCGGGUUUAUAUUAAUCUGGACAAACCAGGUGACCAUUCAUGUGGAUACUGCGGCCUUCGUUUCGUUAAGAAAGAUCAUCAUUAAAUUUUAAUUUCUAGUCAGUUGUUAAAAUGAAAUAUAGCUAAUAGAUGGUUACAUUAUAAUGUUAUGGAAU